AUGCAUAAACAGUAUACGUCGGUGAGCCCCACUGAUGAACUCAGUGUGAAGACUGAAAACGGGCCUCAGCCAAAGAAGCACCGCUACGUCCGUAAAGAAGGCAACUGUAACGUCGUCUUCCGCCAUGUCCCCGAGGAAUGGUUGCUGUUUGUGACCGACAUCUUCACCACCCUGGUGGAGAUCCGGUGGAGGGUGAUGUUCCUGAUCUUUGCCUUGUCCUACAUCCUGUCCUGGCUCUUCUUCGGUGUCCUCUUCUGGGUCAUCGCUCUCGCUCACGGAGACAUCAGAGAUCACACCAACGAUCCUUGUGUCUAUGAGGUACGCAGCUUCACAGCGGCUUUCCUCUUCUCCCUCGAAACUCAAACCACAAUCGGCUACGGUUUCAGAGGAAUGUCGGAGAACUGCAUGAUCGCCAUCAUCAUCGUCACCAUACAGGACGUCAUCAGCUGCUUCAUUGACACCUUCGUCAUUGGAAUUGUUGUUGCUAAAAUGGCCUCGGCCAGAAAGAGGGCGCAGACGGUGGGCUUCAGCAACUGUGCCGUCAUCAACCUUCACAACGGGUACCUUUGCCUCUCCUGGAGGGUCGGGGAUUUCCGCAGAAACCAUCUGGUGGAGGGGACGGCUCGCGCUCAGAUAGUCCGCUCCACAAUGCACGCCACAGGAAAGGUCGACGUGACCUACGAGGACCUGGUCAUCCAGCAGAGGGACCUGGUCCUGGUCACGCCGACCACCAUCUUCCACCGGAUGGAGCCCAGCAGCCCACUGUACAAGAUGAGUCUGAUGGAUCUGAGGAAAGCCGACUUUGAGCUGGUGGUGUCAUUCACCUACACGGACGACCAAACUGGGAUGCUGCACCAGACCAGAACCUCGUACACUCCAGCUGAGAUCCUGUGGGGUCAGCUGUUCCAGGAUAUGAUCCGGGUCACCAGGAGGAGCUACCGGGUGGAUUACGCCAUGUUUCAUCACACUGCCAAGGUUCUGGUUCCUGAGGUCAGCGCUGAGGAGUAUGAACUCAAGAAGCAGCUUCGGCCAUCGCCCCGACCUUCGCCUCGACACUCACCUCGACCUUCGCCCAGAUGUUCCACGCGGCCUUCUCCACACUCACAGCAGCAACACCAUGAGGAAAACCUCCUGAAGCCUCCAACGGUGAUGGUGGAACAUGUGAGUGAUAGCCAGCCCAGACCAACUGUUUCAACAUCUCAAGCAGACAGUCAAGACGCUUUGACUUUACCGAAUGACUUCACAAGGGCAGAAAUGUAA